CACUACUACCAUGAAGCUUGCUGGUGCUGUGGUGAUCCUUGGGGCUGCCCUGCUCCUCCUGACUUCAGGGGGAGAUUGUGGCAUUUGCCCAGCUAUAAAAGAGGAUGUUCGUCUAUUUUUACACGGAACCUCAGAAGAGUAUGUUGAGUACGUGAAACAAUACAAAGAUGACCCUGAAAUACUGAAAAAUACUGAAAAAAUCAAGCAAUGUGUUGAUAGCACCUUGACAGAGGAAGACAAGGCACAUGCAACUACUUUCAUCGAAAAAAUAGAAGCCAGCCCACUAUGCUGAUGGCUACAACUUUGCUCUCAAGGAAGCCACUUGCCUGCUCACUUGUAUAGAUGCAGCAGGCCAUAGCCCUUCCCCCCAGGUGUCUAAGAACAGGAAUCCAACAAUAAAAACCUUGCAAUUCA